CGGCGGCCGUGGCGCCGGGCUUCCGCGUCCGGGUCGCGGCUGUGCCGGGAGGCGGUGCCGGCGCGGCGGGGCUGGGGGACACCAUGGCCUUGCGCUGGUGGUGGCGGUGCGGCGCCUCCUCCCGCCGGGCGCCGCCGCUCGGCUCCGUGCCGCGCCUCCUCCCGCCGGGCCCCGGCCCCCGGCCGCCGCCGGCCCCUAGCGCGGCGAUGUGUCACUUCCUCCAAAGAAGUACAAUUUUGUCAUUUCCAAAAAUAUGUAAUAUACUUUGGCGGUUUCAUCAUACAAGUAUAUCACAAAUGUGCAGCUGCAGUAAGACAAUUAGUAAUGAAAAAUAUCAAGACCCUUUUCAACUUGGUAGAAAGGACUUGAAGAAUCUCUAUGAGGAUAUUAAAAAGGAAUUACUUGUAUCUACAGCAGAACUUAGGGAAAUGUGUGAAUAUUACUUCGACGGGAAAGGAAAGGCCUUUCGACCAAUGAUUGUGGUGCUAAUGGCAAGGGCUUGCAACAUACAUCAUAAUAAUUCCAGGGAGAUGCAAGCCAGCCAGCGCUCUGUGGCCAUAAUUGCAGAGAUGAUCCACACAGCUAGUCUAGUUCAUGAUGAUGUUAUUGAUGAUGCAAAUUCUCGGAGAGGAAAAAUGACAGUCAAUCAAAUCUGGGGAGAGAGGAAGGCUGUUCUAGCUGGUGAUUUCAUCCUCUCAGCUGCUUCUGUAGCUUUAGCACGAAUUGGAAACACUACUAUCAUCUCUGUUUUAACUCAGGUGAUUGAAGAUUUGGUGCGUGGUGAAUUCCUCCAGUUGGGUUCCAAGGAAAAUGAGAAUGAGAGAUUUGCUCACUACCUCGAGAAGACUUUUAAGAAGACUGCAAGUCUUAUAGCAAACAGUUGUAAAGCAGUUUCUAUUCUAGGCUGCCCUGAUCCCAAAGUUCAUGAGAUUGCAUACCAGUAUGGGAAAAAUGUUGGCAUAGCUUUUCAGCUAAUAGAUGAUGUGCUGGAUUUUACAUCAUGUGCUGACCAUCUGGGGAAACCAACAGCAGCAGAUCUCAAGCUGGGAUUAGCCACAGGCCCUGUCUUGUUUGCUUGUCGACAGUUUCCAGAAAUGAAUGCUAUGAUAAUGAGACGAUUCAGUAAGCCAGGAGACGUUGAACGUGCUCGGAAAUAUGUACUGCAGAGUGACGGUGUGCAGCAAACGACCUACCUCGCCCAGCGCUACUGCCAUGAAGCUACGAGAGAGAUCAGUAAACUACGGCCAUCCCCUGAAAGAGAAGCCCUCAUUCAACUGACGGAAAUGGUACUCCUGCGAGACAAGUGAGAGAACUUCUUCCACUCGUUCAGGCAGCUACUUACCAGACUGUGCCUAAAUUUACUUUGAAAGUUACUUGCUUCCAAUACAGGCUACCAAAAACUAUUUUUUAAAAAAACAUUUUUUUGGAAAUUCUUUUUUUUUAAAAAAAGUUGUGUUUUAUUGUGGGAAGCCAUACAAGUCGAAACAAAUCAAACUGUGUUGUACAACUGUUUUAGUGGGGGCUCUUAAUGAUGAGGGUGGGGAAGAUGUUUACAUUUUGAUGCAUAAAGGCCAGAGUAAGAAUAAAUAUAAUCAGUGUAUCAGAACUGAAGUUGCUCCAAAUUUCACUCAUGUUUACACUAAUAAACAGAGCAUGUAUGUUUCUAUUUGGUAAA